AUGUCUGACAACGAGGCUGAGAACGUCAACUUCGAGACCGCCCACGCCGGUGCUUCGGUGACCUACCCCCAGCAGUGCUCGGCCCUGCGUAAGAACGGUCACGUCGUGAUCAAGGGCCGCCCUUGCAAGAUUGUCGACAUGUCGACCUCGAAGACUGGCAAGCACGGUCACGCCAAGGUCCACCUUGUCGCUACGGACAUCUUCACGGGUCGUAAGUACGAAGACAUUUCGCCCUCGACGCACAACAUGGAUGUGCCGAACGUGACCCGCCGUGAGUACCAGCUCAUCAACAUCGACGACGGCUACCUGAACCUGAUGUCGAACGACGGCUCGUCGAAGGACGAUGUGAAGGUGCCUGAGGGCGAACUUGGUGACCAGAUCACCAACGACUUUGAGGACGGCAAGGACCUCAUGGUCACCAUCGUCUCUGCUAUGGAGGAGGAGCACUGCCUUGCCUACAAGGAGGCUCCCCAGGGCAAGUAA